GCUAAUACUUUGUGAUACACAGCAGGUGAAUUUAGCAGCAUAAAUAAUUUGGUGAGUGAGUGCUUGGCAACUGAUUUGUGACUCUUAAGAUGAGCACCUAGGUGAGAAGCUCGUUAACUGAAAUCUCAAGAAAGCUGAGGUAUACCAGCUUGUAUAACGUUUCUUCUUUAGAAAAAAAAAAUCAAUAUUCUAAGAGGGAUAUUUAUCCUACAUAAUAUUUACAGACAUUGCCAUCAUUGAAACGUCUUGGAGGGUUUCUUUGUCUAUGUAUAUUUUUCUUCUAUUAUGUUAAAUUUACUAUUAUUAAAAUGCAUACAAAAUACAAGAACCAUAUUCUACAAAAUGCUCCAGGUACAAAAUAAAAUAAUAUAAUUCUGUAAGUUAAGAGGUAAUCAURUUUUCAGCUUAACUGUUUAAGCUUUCAACUGCUUUGUUUUAAAGACUUUAAUUUGCAAUUAAUUUUGUAAUAGCUUCCAGUUACUAAAUUUCAUGUACAAUUCCAGAAGAAUAAUUGAUUGUAGCUGGUCCCUAUUUAAACCAAGAGAAAUWUUGCCUCUGAUUUACUGCAUUUCAUUUAGUAAUGGAAUUUAUGCUCUUGCCUUACUUUAUCUUGUAUUCCCAUGUAAGAAUUUGGAGUAUUUUGGAAACUUGUAAAAAUUAAAUCUGCUGAUAUAACUCUGCUUCCAAAAGAGAAGCCUAAUAAAGGAUUGAAUAUGCUUUCUCCAAAUAUCUCAAAUUAUUUGACAGAUUGCUCUGAGUUUGGAAACAGAUCCUGUCCUGAGAACUUUAGGUCAGCAGCAGUACAUGGGGUAAUGUAUCUAUUCAUAAUAGCAGUCUUCAUUCUCACCAUCUUUGGGAAUCUGGCCAUAAUAAUUUCCAUCUCCUAUUUCAAGCAGCUUAAUUCUCCCACCAAUUUCCUCAUUUCAUCCAUGGCAGCCACAGAUUUCCUGCUGGGCUUUGCCAUUAUGCCCUACAGCAUGGUGAGGUCUGUAGAGAGCUGAUGGGUUUUUGGGACUAUAUUCUGUAAAGUUCAUUACAGUUUUGACUUGAUGCUUAGUUUAGCUUCCAUUUUCCAUCUUUGUUCAAUUGUCAUGGAUCAUUUUUAUGCAAUCUGCCACCCUCUGCUUUACUUAAUCAUCGUGACUGUUGCAGCUGUAAAGUAAAUCGUAGCCGUGUGCUGGUCAGUGCCUGCUGCUUUUGCUUUUGUUAUGGUUUUCUCUGAAGCUUAUGCUUCUGGAACCAAGGGCUAUGAAAUGCUGAUUAAAUGCUMAGGCUUGUGCCCAAUUGUGUUCAACAAACUGUGGGGGGCUUUUUUAUUUACCGUUGGUUUAUUUGCCCCUGCUUGCAUUAUGAUAGGGAUUUAUGUUAAAAUUUUUACUGUCUCCCAAGGGCACAUUUCAGAGUUAAUCCAGGCACACAGGCAUUCAAAAAAUAAYAAGAAGUAUGAGCUUUCUAAGAAUAAAGACAGGAAGACUGUCUGUAUUGUUAUGCUGGGUUUCUUAAUAUGCUAGUUGCCUUGUUUUUUUGCAAUCUUAAUUGAUCCAUUUAAAAUUUUUUCUACUCCUUUACCACAGUUUGAUUCAUUAAACUGGCUUGGGUAUCUAAACUCUUUCUGCAAUUCAUUAAUAUAUGGAUUUUUCUAUCCAUGGUUUCAGAAAACAUUGAAAUAUAUCUUAAAAGGCAAAAACCACCACAUUUUCGUACAAUAAAACUUUUAUCUGAAGACCAGUCAAGUCAUAGACUCUACUAGUGGGAAUAGCUCUA